AAUGGAAAGCGAAAAACAAACUACUGAGAGAGAGACACCGCCUCAGCACUGGAGAAGCUGCAAGUUGAUUAUUGACCCUGCAUUGACAAAAGGACUGUAUAAAGUGUACCGUUAUGAUGGACAAUACUUUAACAUACCCGUAGAGGACUUAGGUCUGUUUCCUGUGGAUACAGUCAGAGAUCCCCGCAUCUGCCGUCUGUGGAGCAAAUGCAACAAGACUGACCUUUUGGUUCCUAAAUUUAAGGUUGAUGAGUGGUAUGUUGGCCCUGUUCCUCCCAAAGAAGUGACAUUUUCCAGGUUGAAUGACAAUGUAAGGGAAGCGUUCUUGACUAAUAUGUGCAAUAAAUAUGGGAACACCGAAGAAGUGGAAAUAUUUUACAAUCCUAAGAACAAGAAGCAUUUAGGGAUUGCAAAGGUCGUCUUCGACACUGUGAGGGCUGCAAAAGACGCUGUUCAGCACCUCCAUCAGACUUCAGUGAUGGGGAAUGUUAUUCACGUGGAAAUUGAUCCUAAAGGUGAAAACAGGGCGCGACAUCUCCAGUUCCUCUUACGUGGACUUUAUACUCCUUGGUCAGUGGGCAGCAGAGAACGAGCUCUUCAAAGCUUAAUCGACAAUUUGCUGGGCCGCUCAGCCACACAGCGACAGGGGAGUAUCUCCAGCCCCAUCAGCAUCGCCACGCCCCUCUCUCUGGACACAGCCUACUCCAGUAUUUGGCAGGAUACACCUUGCAGCUUUGGGCUUACACCGCGUUCUCAGGGAACCCCCCGCACUCCCUGCUUGUCUGCGACUCCUCUCUCCCAGGACUCUUGCUACUCUAGUCUUCAGGCAACUCCAGUCCUCCAGGGGGAGCCCUCCACCCAUAGUGUUCACAAAGCUUUAAGACGAGAGCUCUUCCAUCGUAAACCAGCGAGGUAUCACAGGGGAUCUGGCGAUGCCUCAGAUGUCAACCUAAUUUUGAAGCAUUGCCAACAACAGCCACCACACCUCCUGUCUACCCAAAUACAAACUAGCAGUCAGCAGCUUGCGCUGUGGGGUCUUAAUGCACAAUCCCCUACUAACAGUAACACAGAGGCUUCCUUUAACUUUGCCUCUCCUUGUCAGGAGUCCAGAGACGAUGUUCCCGAUACCUCGAAGGCUUUACAUCUAAACUGCAACUCUUUGAAUAUCCUGAGCAUUAAUUUCACAGAUGACCAGCAGACAGCAGCAUCCUCUCCACCUGAUGGCCAUGCAUGCAUAACAGACUUAUCUUCACCUGGUUUUAACUGUUCCUCCAGCAGCCCCCAGCCAGAGGUCGAGAGUUUGGAUUCCCGCAUUGAAAGUUUGCUGAUAAACAGUCAGAGAACUGACCCCUCAUAUGUUGAUAGAAAGACUUUGGAGGCUGAUGUACACUCUCAGGACAGCCCAACUUCACCUUGCUCAGCUAAUGCCUCCUUUCUCUCAGAGGACUCACUUGUUUAUACUCUGACUUCUUGUGGAUCCUUCCCAACCAGCCACCGGGCCUCCAACAGUGAUGUGGUGGAUGUCAGUCAAAGAUCGCUUGUUGAAAGUGAAGAGGAUGAAACUAUUCAAGCUGUUUCGUUUCUAACGAGAAACUGCCAGUCUCCCACUCCAUCUGAUUUCACACAUUUUGAAAGGAGGGCUCAUUUAAACAACGAGAAAGUUGCAGAAAGGUCCCAGUUAUUGUGUCCAACGGAUCAUCAAGCAGCAAAUGAGGAUAAGGAGCACCCAACAAAAGACAUCUCCUCUCUUCCCCAGCCUCCGUCCUAUUCUUCUCUCAGUAGCACCACUCGGCCUCUUACUCCUCAUGCCAUUGGAUCUGGAAGUGCCCCUCAAUCAGUCACCCCUUUCCCUUUCCCCAUUCCUCCCUUCCCCCCAUCUCUCCCACCUGUCCCACCUCGCCUGCCAAAUGGCACCAUCCCAAUCCCACCUCCAGGCUGGAUCCCACCUCCGGGCCAUCACACCCGCAUCCCCAUUCCACCUCCCCCUAUCCCACCUCCUCCUUCUAUUCUCCCCCCACCAACUUUUCUUGGACCCCCCCCACCUUUGAUGGUGCCGCCUUCUGUUCCACCUCCUGUGCACACGUACCGCUUACCCAUGCAUCGUGCAGGCCCGUUGGAUAAGGGGAAUCCUCCAAGGCAUGGCAGUGCACCUUUACCAUUCCCUCGACCACCCUGGCUCGCUCCACCUUUUCCCAGGUUUAACCCCUUUGUGCCGCCACCAGGCUACCCACUUGUGCGUGAAAACCCUCAUAAGCUCACAGUAGAAAAAGUUUUAGAAGUCAUCAUGGAUGAACUGAGGUCAAUCAUUAAGAAGGACAUUACACGCAGAAUGAUUGAAGGGAUCGCUUUCAAGGCAUUUGAGGACUGGUGGGACUGUCAAGAGAAGAAAACAAGGAUGCAAGUACCUCCUUUGAAAAGUGGAGCAGCAAGUGUGGAAGAGAAGACCAAAGUAAUGAAUCCCCUCAGUCACAUUAGUGGCCAUGGCAAAAAACCUCCACUGCCUUCCUUCAGGGUAAAAAGGAAAAAAUCCAAUGAUGCUGCUACAUCAGAAGAUAUAGAAAAUGUGUUGUGUCCAACUCAUGAAACUUCUGAUGUGAAACAGGGGGAUGACAUAUUUAAAUCUGCAUCUGGCAGAGCCAAACGCAGACAUGCAAGACCACAUGUGCUUGACAGUGAUGAUGAGGAUGAUGAUGAUGAUGAUGAUGAAGGGAACAAAGAAGAUAAUACCCUUCAAGAUGAAGGAAAAAUGUCAGACAAAGUGAAGAAAAUUGUGCCAGUUGAUAAUGACCCUCAAAAAAUCCUGUGUGACAGAGAAGACCACGAUGAUGGGGACGACAGUAAUCAUCCUGAAGCACAAAAACAAACAGUGGAUGAAGAUGCUGUCAUCUUCCAAGCUGGUGACGUAGUGCAGUGCUUAGACAGCGAGAGUUUUUCAGAGAGCAGCUCCUCAGAGGAAAGCGAGUCAUCGUCAGACAUGGACUCCUCUGACUCGUUCUCCUCAGGGAGCUUUGAGGACUCGUCCUACUCUGACCUCAGUCCUGAAGAUGAAGGCAUGGAGGAGGAUGGCGAGGACGACAGGAGUUGCGAGUGUAUAGUCAUAUCGUCAGAUGAAGAGUCGAUGGAGCUUGAGCCACCGGUCACCCCUUCCGCCCCGCUAACCCCUGGUGCUCAGCUGGAGCUGGGCCUUCAGGACUGGUCAGAUCCAUUUCAUAGGGAGGAAACCGAGGACAAUCAGUACUCAUGCUGUCAACAAGACACCUGUGGCUUGGACGCCACGAUGGAGCUCCAAACCAUUGAACCCCAGGACCAUCUACUGCCCCUGUCACCUAUAGGACUUCCAGCAGUGGAGCCAGACCUUGACAUAGAGAUGGAGAGCCCUGAAUGGAGGGUGGACUCCCUCGAGAACAUAGAAAACCUGAGGCCUCUCACUCCCACUGGCUGCUUGAUGGAUAGUGACCCUGACCUUCUGAUGAGAAGCAAACCAACAUCCCCAACUGUGGAGGAGGUGGAACGACCACAAACACCCGGCAAAGGCAUAGUGGUUGAACUGGAAAGCGAGGACUCUGUCGAUGAAGUCCUCUCCCUCUCUCCAACAAGCACUGAGCUCGUUCUAGCUCCUUCUGGUCCCCUGGGUUUAUGCCCCUCAUACCAGGACAUGCCCAAAACUCCUGGUAGAGAGGAUAGAAGUGAUUGGACUCAGUACAGCUCUGGGAGAGCUCCAGCAACACCAGGCAGAGAGACGACCAUGUCAGAAGGUAGCAUAGUGGUGUGCACAAAUAUUAGCAGCCCACCUCUUGUGCCGUGCCUGUCUAGAAAUCCAUACAUCACAGCCCCAAAGACUCCUGGAAGAGAUAUCAUUCUUCCCCGAAGAGCCAUAGUCCACAGGAGGAAAAUGCAAACGGUGACCUCCUUACAGCCCCUGUUAUGUGAUUCUCUCAGAGGUUCUCCCAUCUCAGUGUCUUCUCCAUGCAGCGAGUCUGAGUCCUCAUCAGAUUCUGCUGAUGGGAGGGGCAUGUGGAUCAGUUCAGGUGUGAGAAUGAAGCCCUUGCAGGGACUGGAGAAUAUGCCCGGGCUUCUUGACGAGGAGAAUAGGAGAGAGACAGAGAAAUCCUUAUUGAGGAGAAAACAGCUGAGGAGGCUAAAGAGGAGGUGGAGAAUCCAUCGUCGGCAGAGAUCAUUUAAAAGAAUCCCAGGAUCUCACUCCUCUCACAGUCGUCCUCACAGGUGGCGUUCGCUCAGUGAGGAGCGGAGGAUACUUCACAGGGUUUGGAAGGAGGGCCUGGAUGGAGAAGAUGCACGGCUGCUGCAGUGCACAUUUGAAAGGCUGCAAGAGCAGGAUAAUAGCUUUGGUUGGCUCAGUGACACCCUGUGGAUUCCUCACCCUCAUAUCCUUUUUUAUAUCACGUGCAUGGCACUGUUGUGGAUUUCUCGAAGGGUUUGCUUUUCAAACAUCCAUUUACACAUAAAUGAUGAAUUCAGAUCAAUCAUCUUUGAUACACAGUACUGUAUAUUAUCCUCUGUGCUUGACAUCCUCAACUGCUGCUCACUGACUAAAGUCCUCACAGAGACAAGCGAGGAACACAAAUGCUGGCAGCCACGCCACAGGACCGGCUCUGCUCGCAGUGAAGGUUUCUACAAAAUCAGCAGGAAAGAUAAAAUUAAAUACCUCAACAACAAAAACCUGACCGCUGAGCUUCCAUCUACAAGUACUCAGCAGGGAAUAAACAUCCCUGCCCAGCAGCCAAUUUCACUGCGUGCCGGAUCUGACUUCAGGUCUGAACAGCGUCGCCUGCUGUCCUCUUUCAGCUGUGAUAGUGACCUGGUCAAGUUCAACCAGCUGAAGUUCCGAAAGAAGAGGAUUCGUUUCAGCCGGAGUCACAUCCAUGAGUGGGGCCUGUUUGCAAUGGAGCCCAUAGCAGCAGAUGAGAUGGUGAUUGAGUAUGUGGGCCAAAUCAUCAGACAGGUCAUUGCUGACAUGAGGGAGCAGCGAUACGAGGAGGAGGGCAUUGGAAGCAGCUAUUUGUUCCGUGUUGAUCAGGACACCAUCAUCGAUGCUACUAAAUGUGGGAACUUGGCCAGGUUUAUCAACCACAGCUGCAGUCCUAACUGCUACGCAAAGAUCAUCACUGUGGAGUCUCAGAAGAAGAUAGUGAUAUACUCCCGGCAGCCGAUAAGCAUCGAUGAAGAGAUCACAUACGACUACAAGUUCCCCAUUGAGGAAACAAAGAUUCCUUGUUUGUGUGGAGCAGAUAGCUGCCGGGGCUCCCUGAACUAAUCGCUAAUUAAGUGUCCUUAUUAUGUCAAGAGCCAAAGUUGCCUGAGGUACUAUUCAAUAUAAACACCUACCCUGAAGAUGUGUCAAGAAAGCCAUUUAAUACUAUUUAUAACCAUACAGUCUGUAACUGCCUGGAGGCUUUGCAGGAGCUCAUAAAAGACUGCUGCUCAGUGAAUAAUGAUUUUUAUAAACUGUCCUAAAAAGCACUUAAGACAAGAAUAGGACCAAACACUUGGAACUUUUUUUAAUCAAGGUCUGGCAAAUGUUAAUAUACCACCUGCAGGCUCUGGUAAAACAUUACAAAAGCAACAUUACAAAAACACUAUCUUUACAUUAUAUUUUGUGAACAUAUGGCAAGUAACCAC